AUGUUGUCGCCGCAGUCGCCCAGAGGGGAAGGCACUCCACAUUUACGCCUCAACUCAGGCACCCACGAGGUAACCACCGACGACAACUCGGCGCCCCAAGUACGACCCGGCACCGCACGCACAACGUCGGCGCGCUCAUUAACACAAUCAACCCGCCCUGGCACUGCAGGCUCUGGCCUCCGUGGAGUGCCCUCGGUUUACACAAAUGGAGGCGUCGCAGAGUCGGCAGAGAUGCUGCUGCCGCCAAGGAAGAUGAGGCCACGCAUGUACAAGGACGAGUCGGAGUCGCCUUCCGCCAUGUCGUCGCGGCGCACAAGUUGGAGCUCAGACAUGUCGAGAGGGCCCUUUGCCUCGCCUUUCGACGACUCACGAGCGCCCUCACGCGCAGGGAGCGACGAUGACUUGAACACACAGACAGUGUCGGAGAAGUUCAACAUCCUGCCGUCGUCAGGCCUGUUGCUGUACCCCGAGGAUGUCGAGAAGGACGACUACCUACACAACCCAGACCCAAACGAUAAGGAGCAGCCAGGUUGCGAUAUGUGGAACAAAAGAGGUCUCGCCAACGUGGGUGGUCUAGCGUUUCUCGGUCUUGGUAUCAUCAUGCUGUUCAUAGGUUAUCCUGUGCUCACUUUUGUCGACAAACUGACAACGCCUGAAGUUGGGCCAUGUACCAACAACCCCCUCUGUAUAUCAGGCAAGGAGUCGGAGCCACUGCUAAAGAAUCUGCGCUCGGGACUUAUCGAUCCUGACACGCCAGAAAGUGCCAUGUCGCGAAUAUCAUAUGAUGGCACCAAGCAGGUACUAGUCUUUUCCGACGAGUUCAAUACCGAUGGACGUACAUUCUACGAUGGGGACGAUCCUUAUUUCGAGGCUGUCGACAUUUGGUAUGGCGCUACGCAAGAUUUGGAGUGGUACGAUCCGGAUGCGGCAUAUACUCAGGAUGGUACCCUCAACCUCAAGUUCGACAAUUACCAAAACCAUGGCCUCCAGUAUCGAUCUGGCAUGAUUCAAUCGUGGAACAAAUUGUGUUACAAGGGUGGGCAUUUAGAGGCCAGCAUCUCACUGCCUGGCAAAGGCAACGUCAGUGGUUUUUGGCCGGGUUUCUGGACGAUGGGUAACCUUGCUCGCCCCGGCUAUCUUGCUUCAACCGACGGUCUCUGGCCCUACAGCUAUCACGAUGAGUGUGACGUUGGCAUUACGCCAAAUCAGAGCUCAUACGACGGGCUCAGUUUUCUUCCCGGAAUGAAGUUACCAUCUUGCACAUGUAAGGGAGAGGACCACCCUAACUCUGGCAAGUCACGGAGUGCUCCGGAAAUCGAUGCUUUGGAAGGAUCGGUUCAAUACCUUGGACCGGGUGAAACAAACGCUGUUGGCGUAGUUUCUCAGUCUUUCCAGGCAGCUCCUUUCGAUGUUUGGUAUAUGCCAGAUUAUGACUAUACCGAGGUUUACGACAACCAAAUCACCAUGUUAAACUCGUAUAAGGGUGGACCUUACCAGCAAGCAAACUCAGCUCUGACCACUUUGAACAACGAUUGGUAUGAUGGCAACCAGUAUCAGCUGUACGCAUUCGAGUACAAGACCGGAAGUGAAGGAUUCAUCACUUGGUACGUCGGGGAGGAAAAGACCUGGACUAUGAAGGCAGAAUCGACGCGAGCCAACGGCAACAUCGGUACGAGGGUGAUUCCCGAAGAGCCUUUGUCGAUUAUUGCCAAUUUCGGCAUGUCCAACAGUUUCGCGGCAAUCGAUCACGACACAAUUGACAAUACUCUGCUGCCCGCUACGAUGCGAAUUGAUUAUAUUCGCAUAUACCAGCCGGAGGACAACCAGAUCAUGACAUGCGAUCCUGAAAAUUACCCCACGACCGAAUACAUCAAAAAACAUCCGGAGGCUUAUUCAAAUCCCAACCUUACAGACUGGGCAUCGACUGGGUAUGACUGGCCGCAAAACUCGUUUAUGAACGACUGCAAAGAGUAA